GUGCCGGCCCAUCUGCAGUUGGUCAUCAUUCAGCUUCAGCGUCUUGCGACCAGAGCUUACCAAAGCAAUCCAACGAACUUUAAAAGCCCAAUCAACAAAUCAACAACAAUGAAACUCUUCGUGUUCGCUGUGUGCGCCAUUGCCUUGGCCUCCGCCGAUGUUUCCCAUCUUAACCUGGGCAGUGGUUACAGCUACAACAAACCCACUCCUACCUUUAACAUCCCCUCGGCUCCGGCUCCGGCCUACCUUCCUCCCGCCCAGGAGGUGAUCUCUGCACCUGCUCCUGUGUACUCCGCACCAGCACCAGCUCCAGCCUACUCCGCACCAGCCCCUGCACCAGUUUACUCCGCCCCUGCCCCAGCACCAGUCUACUCUGCUCCGGCACCUGCUCCUGUCUCGGAGUACUUGCCUCCUGUCCAGGACAUCCCGGCCCCAGCUCCAGUCUACUCGGCUCCUGCACCCGCACCUGUUUACUCCGCUCCUGCUCCAGCACCCGUUUACUCUGCUCCUGCUCCAGUUCCAGAGUACCUGCCCCCUGUUCAGGAUAUCCCGGCUCCAGCACCAGCUCCAGUGUACUCCGCUCCUGCACCAGCUCCUGUCUACUGCCCUGCACCAGCUCCUGUCUACUCCGCUCCAGCUCCAGUUCCUGAGUACCUGCCCCCUGUUCAGGAUAUUCCAGCUCCGGCCCCAGCUCCAGUUUACUCAGCUCCUGCACCCGCUCCUGUUUACUCCGCUCCUGCUCCCGCACCUGUUUACUCCGCUCCUGCUCCCGCACCUGUAUACUCCGCUCCUGCUCCUGCUGCAGAGUACCUGCCCCCUGUUCAGGACAUCCCAGCCCCAGCACCAGUGUACUCUGCUCCCGCGCCAGCUCCAGUUUACUCGGCUCCUGCACCCGCACCUGUUUACUCUGCCCCAGCCCCAGCUCCCGUGGAGUCAGGCUACCAGUACAACGUGCCCGCCAAGCGUUUCCGCUUCUAAAUGGGCUACAGGUGAACCCCAAAGAGCAGCCAUUCGCGAAACGACGACUUGUUAAAUUAACAAGCGCUGUCACCCAUUGUUGUUGAAUAUUUGUUGUUACGCAAAGUUCCCGUUGAGAUUUUAGCUAAUAAAUAAACAUAAAAAUUAUUAAAAUGUAAA